AUGCACACCAACCAGGUUUACAGUGAGCUUGUUACUGUGCAUAAUGGAUCACACAAAUGGUGGCACCGUCGUUGGUUCAAAAUAAUCGGCAUUUUCGUUAUUAUUUUAAUAGUCUUUGGUGUUGUCCUUGCUCUGGUGUUAAAUUUCGUCGUUUUUGCACCGAAGAAAUUAGAAACUAGUACCAUCGCCACAACAUCAUCAUCAUCAUCACCACUAACAACAACAAUACCAAUACCAUCAUCAUUAACAACAACAAUAUCAACAACACCAACAGUGACAUCGACCACAACUGUCCCACGAACAGUAACAACAACACCAUUAGUGGUAUCGACCACAAUCUUACCACAAACAGCAACAAUGACACCACCAUUGACAUCGACGACAACACUACCACCAACAACGGUUACAACCACAACGCAGCAGCCAGAAUGGUCUGUUACCGGUAAUAUGAAUACUGCACGAGUUUAUCAUACAGCAUCUGUAUUACCAAAUGGAAAAGUAUUAGUUACUGGUGGGAACCAUGGAUCUACUGAUUUUUUUAAUAUUACAGAAUUGUAUGAUCCAACAACACGUACUUGGACAAUUACUGGUAGCAUGAUUAAUGGGCGAUAUGAUCACACAGCAUCUGUAUUAUCAAAUGGAAAAGUAUUAGUUACUGGUGGCGAUAGUUGGGGUGGUUAUUUAAAUAAGGCUGAGCUGUAUGAUCCAUCGACAAGUGCUUGGACAACUACUGGUAACAUGACUAACGGACGAGCUGGUCACGCAGCAUCUGUAUUAUCAAAUGGAAAUGUGUUAGUUACUGGUGGAUGGAAUGGUGGUUAUUUAAAUAGUGCUGAAUUGUAUGAUCCAUCGACAAGUGCUUGGACAACUACUGGUAACAUGACUAAAGGACGAGCUGGUCAUGCAACAUCUGUAUUAUCAAAUGGAAAAGUAUUAGCUACUGGUGGUCAAGACAAUAGUGGUAAUAUUUUUAAUAAUGCUGAACUGUAUGAUCCAUCAACAGAUACUUGGACAAUUACUAGUAAUAUGAGUGAUGAACGAUAUCGUCACACAGCAUCUGUAUUAUCAAAUGGAAAAGUACUAGUUAUUGGUGGAAUGCGUUUGGAUAGUAAUGUAUAUAGUACUGUAUAUAGUGCUGAGCUGUAUGAUCCAUCGACAAGUACUUGGACAACUACUGGUAACAUGACUAAAGGACGAGCUGGUCACGCAGCAUCUGUAUUAUCAAAUGGACUGCUAUUGGCUACUGGUGGAUAUGAUAAUGAUUAUUUAAAUAUUGCAGAAUUGUAUGAUCCAUCGACAGGUACUUGGACAACUACUGGUAACAUGACUAAUGCACGAGAUUAUCACACAGCAUCCAUAUUAUCAAAUGGAAAUGUAUUAGUUACUGGCGGUAUGGGCAUUGGAAAUAUUGCUUUAGAUAGUGCAGAAUUAUAUGAAUUAUUUGAAACAAAUUGA